AUGAAUGAUACUAUUUUUGAUACUAAGGUUUUAGAUAACUUUGAAUAAGAGUUCUAAUAAGUUCAUGAUGAUAUUAAUCCAAAAAUUCAUUCUCGUAUUGCUCCAUUGAUAUAUGCAAUUAAAGGAUUGAAAUAAGAAAUUAAUCAAGUCUUUGCUGAUUUCAUUCGAGAAACUAAUAAAGCUACUGAUGUUAUAAGGAUAAAAGAUAUGUUCGAAGCAGUGUUGAUGGAAUAUAAGUUUAGAGAAAAGGAAAGCAUUAAAUUAAUGGAGGCUAUUUUACAAAACGAUUCUAAAUAAAUUAGAUAAAUAUCUCAAUUAUUUAAAGAAAUUCGUGAACUACAACAUGAGGUGAAUCAAUUUCAAAGACAAAGUGAAGUCAAACGGUAAAGGUAAUGUGGUAUAUUUAAAGGAAAUCCAACAGAUUUCAAGAAAUAAAAUACUUCAAUUAUAGAUGAAACCAGCAUUUAUGAUUGGGUGGUUGAUAUAGAUUUUAUAACAUCUAUAAAUAGUUCAGGAUGGAAAGUUUGGUUGUCUCCAAAGAUGAUAAACCAAGAAAUUAUCAAUAUAAAAUCAUUAGAUGGAGCAACUGUUGCAGUAACUGGACUCUAUGAUAAAGGAAAGACUUUUGUAUUGAAUAGUCUCACUAUGAGUAAUUUACCAUCUGGAAAGAAGGUUACUACUAGAGGCAUUUCAUUUAAGCAUGUAAAUGUAGAUAAUGGAACAAAACUUAUAUUAGUGGACACAGCUGGAACAUAUAGUCCUGUUAAAAUAGAAAAUGAAUUAUCUAUUGUAGACAAAGAAGCUACAGAAACAUUUAUAUCAGAUCUUGUAUUCGAUUUGGCAGAUUACUUUUUAUGCGUUGUUAAUGAUUUUACAAGUCUUGAUCAAAGAUAUCUUGAUAGAUUGAGUCGUAAUCUAUAAUAAAGUACGAAUAAGACAUUUAGAGAAAUUAUUGUAAUACAUAAUCUUAAAGAUGUUGAAUCUAAUGAAAUUUUAGAACAUGUAUGGAGUACAUAAGUAACAUAAAUAUAUGCAAAUGGAACUCUAUAAAAAACUAAAGUAGCUGCACUUAAUCCAAUAAAUAAAUAACUUUAGGAAAAACAUGUUCUUUGGUUUAAGACUCCAUACACUAGACAUGUGUGUAUUGUGAAUGAUGAUUGUAAUUUAGGUAAGGGUUUAAAUCCUUGGGUAUUUUCACUUCUUAGAUAUUGGUUAAAGGCAGUUUUUAUUCCUGUAAACAGAAGUUUUUCAGUUUUAGAUUGUUUGUUAAUUUAAUCAAGAUAAAAACUUGUUAAUUUUUUUAGAAAGAAUAUUAAAAUUGACCUAAAAAAUACAGAUGAUCCUUUAAUCAAAGUAAUUAAAACAGAAAAUGAAUUUUAAGAUAAAAUUUAAAUUCCUUAAGGUUAAGUUGAUAUGAGUGGUUUAAUAACAGGAUAAUAGGAUUCUUUUUAGCCUGCUACAGAUAUUAUUGCAGGUGAUCAAUAUAUAAUUUUGAUGGAUGCUCCAGGAUUGACUAAUGAUGAUGUAGAUAUUUAGAGACAGAAUGUAGUAACUUUAGUGAAGGGGAACAAAUUGAGACCGUAUAUAAAUUAAGGGUAAUUGGAAAAGAGUGAAAGGAAAUAUGGAGAAUUUACACUUACAUUUAAAGUAUUAAUUAUGAUUAAAAAUAUUUAGAUUCCUGAUAUUUAUGAAAGAUAAUGGUCUUAUUUUGGUGUGGAAUAAGGAGUGAUCACAAUAAAAUACGAUAAAGAUAAAGAUGAUAUUUGA